UGUGCUUAGCACAUUCUCCGAGAGUAUUUUCAUUGUAGACACAGUGUCGUGCGGACGUGCGUUUGAAACUGUCGCUCGCAUAUAAUGCAACCUCCGCAACGUCGUCCUUUUUAAAUGAAUUUGUGUUCAGUCAUUAAAAAUAAGUAGCUUGAAUAAAUAAUAUAAAAGGCACACAUGAAUUCUAGAAGAUAAUUCGUGAUAAACCACUGCCACCUUUCAGUUCAGUGAUCUUUUAAUAUAGUGGUCCUUAAAAAUGGAUGAGGCUUUCGCGCAUUUGGAGAGUGAUGAGAAGAAGUGCAAGAAGGGUUUAGUAGCCCCGGACGGGGGCUGGGGAUACGUGGUUGGUCUUGGGGUUGGAUUUACCUUCAUGUUGGGUUUCGGGUCUUCCAACGCGUUCGGCAUAUUGUUUCACAACUUCUUUGUGGAGCAGGGCAGCGGUAGUGGCCUGCCACUUGUCAUAGGAGUUUACAAUGGAGCUCUUUCUAUUUCUGGUUUCCUGGGCGGGAUAGCUUUGAAGCGAUAUUCUUUUCGUCAGGUGGGCCUCGUUGGAGCAGGAUUGUUUGUGCUCGGAGACGCGCUCACAAUCUUCGUUCAGAAGACUUAUCAGUUGGUCUUCACAUUCGGAGUUAUUAGAGGAGCCGGAUUCGGAAUGAUGAUCCCAGUCAGUUUUACGGCCUUUAAUUGCUAUUUCACCAAGAAACGGACGGCAAUGAUGAGCGCCAAUCAAGCAAUGAGCAGUUUAGCCUCUAUUACCUUCCCGAUGUUGGUGACGUACCUUCUGUCGGAGUAUGGUCUAAGAUGGACCCUCGCUUUAAUCAUGGCAGUUGAUCUACACUUGGUGUUUGCUAUGCUAGUCAUGCAUCCUGUUGAAUGGCAUAUGAUUAGAUCUGACGAAGUUAUUGAAAAAGAGUUAUGUGAUAUAAAUAGUAUUAAAAAGAAAAGUAUAGACAGUUUCGAUGAGUUCUCCGUGCGAAUGCUACCCGGUGGUGAAGAGGACGUGGAAAUAAAAAGUAUUAAGAGAAGAAAAAAGGAGUCUAGAACAAUUAAUUUCGUAAAGAUUGUGUGUGAAAAUGUAGAAUUGGACUUGUUGAAGGACCCUAAAUUCGUCAGCACUUUAGUUGGACUCGGGUUUGCCUUUGUGUCUGAUGUUACAUACUUAGCUAUGGAACCAAUGCUACUUUUCUCGUAUGGAUUUUCUAAGAUACAAGUAGCGACGUGCGUUAUGGUCGGGGCUGUAUCAGAUUUAGUCGCAAGAUUAGUGCUUGCUGUUGUCACUUACUUCUUUGUAGUCGACAGUCGGCUGAUUUUCUUCGUGGGCACGUGUGUAACCGUCUUCCUAAGAAUAGCCUUGGUGACGUCAAGCUCGAUGUGGUUUGUUUUCGCCAUUACUGCUGUAUCUGGUCUCGUGAGGUGCUCCGUCCAGGUGUUGUUUCCCCUUGUGCUGGUCACUGCGGCGCCGGAUAGGUUCCCAGCGGCACUGGCACUACACAUAUUGUUCUCUGGAACACUUAUGAUGUUGGCUGAUCCUAUGAUUGGUGUACUAUAUGAAACUACAGGGAGUUAUGUGUACUGUUUCUUCGCAAUGAGUUUCUGCUGCCUAGUGUGUGUUGUACUAUGGACUAUUGAAUUUAUAGUGUAUCGUAAGGGUAAGAGUAGACCUUAAAUAUAAAAUUAGUAGAACUUCCAAGUACUAUUGUAAUUGUGCCGUAAGUCUUAAACGUUUUGAAAGAAGGCCCAAAAGUGAUAUGCCAUUUGUAAAAAUUGAAAUCUUUUUAAUAACCAGAUUUCUUUCUAGUUAAAAAAUUACAAAUUUCGAUGGGAAAGUUCCUUCACAAUAAUUGUUUUAAGAUGUGAGUGAAACUGCGGGCAGGAGUUAGUUGAUUUGUAGUUUAACAAUUAAUCUUUGAGAUAAAAUGUUGAGUAACUUUAUAGUUUUAUCAGUGUGUGAAGUUCCUUCGUCUUACAGUUAGUAUUUGUGGUAUAUGAUAAGGUACAAAAGGGAUUUUUGUAAGUGUAUAGUAAAGCCUAUUUCAUAUAAGAAAUGAUAAUAAUAUGCGUUAAUUCUAUUUUCGUACUUGUUACCAACCCGUGCUAUUUGUGCUAAUAUCCUUUUAUCUCAUGUAACCGUAGAUUAAGGUUCCAUAGGGUAAACGAAAUGACGAAUUUAUUACAAACUUUUUUAUGAAAUUCCCAGAUAGGGAAGGAACGCGAGUAGUUAAGUAAUUACCAAAGAUAAUUUUAUAUAAUAAACUCUUAUGUACCCUGUAUUGUUUUCAUAUUUGAUAUUCUAAUUCCAUUUAUAAUUGUUAUUUCAUAUGUAUUCUGUUUAACAAUUUUAUAUGCGCGUUACUGAGUAUAUAGUAUUGUAAGUAUGUAAUGUGAAAAAAGAAACAUUUUGAUGAAUACUGAUAAGGAGGACCGUCUCUUGUGAAUUAAAAUAAGCGUAUUUCUUUUAGGCAGUAGACCUUUAAAGGCAUAGUAAAUAUGGCAAGGCCAAUACAGUGCAUUCGGAUGAAAUAAAAUAAUUUAUGACGUUCAUAUUAUUUGAUUCCGCAAUAUAGAUUUAUUACUGACUUAACAGGAAGGCGAUACCAUAUACAUGCCAUUGUAUGACAUCGCCUCUAUUAAUUUUAUUUUUGUACAAAAAUGUAAAUUAAACUAUUUAAUUUUUAUCUUUAUAAUUUUUAAAUUAUAAAAAUGAAUUUAAAUACUGUAAUUUAUAUGAAAUUGAUUUAUUUUUUAUUAAAUAGAAUGAGUGACUUGAAGGUCAAGACUUUAUUCUGAUUUCCUUAUACCUUGUAAAUAUACCUAAUUGUGUCUAAGUAUUUUUUUUGUAUUAUUUUUCCAAUUACACGACAGGUUCCUAACGGCCUGUUAUAGGGGAUGUAUUGCGGGCAGAAAUUAAACAAACGUUAUUUUU